CAAAGAUCCAAAGACAGAUGGAAGCCAUCCGCAGACUCCUCAAGAUCGACUUACCCAAGUACCUCAAGUCCCUCCCGAUUCCGAGCACGGUCGAAGGCUUCACGAAGCUGACCCCUGACGAAUGGAAGAUCCUCGCUCCAUUCGUCGUCACCGUUGUUGUGUUGCUCGUGACAGUGUUGUUGGGCCUAUUUGGUCGCGGAGGAAAGAAACCCUCUCGCCGCAUCAACACAUCCAUCGCACUUGAGAAGGACAAGGUCGUGGACACGUGUGACAUCGAGGACAUGUUCACCAAGGGUUCAUUGAAAUGUGUCUUGUGCCGUUGCUGGAAAUCCAAGAAGUUUCCAUUUUGCGACGGCUCGCACAACGAGCACAACAAAGCGACGGGGGACAACGUCGGCCCAUUGAUUGUCCAAAAGAAGGCGUAAAGUACCCAGUCAUGUCGUGUGUUCAAGUGCUCCGUGAUCGCAUUCCAGGUUCCCCAGACAAUCCUCGUCCCACCACGAAUCCAUGCAUCUUGCUUUUCUGCUCA